GCAAAGCUAGAGCUGAACAAAGCUUAGGCUGUAGAGAGAAAAACAGCAAGAGUUUUGAGUGAGUACUCAACAAUGGCUACCCUUGUUGUUCCUGACCACCCUUCUCCUGUUCAAGACGCCGAGAGCCUCAGAAAGGCUUGCCAAGGAUGGGGGACUGAUGAGAAGGCCAUAAUUCAAAUACUUGGGCACAGAAAUGCAGUUCAGAGGAAUCAAAUUAGGAAGGCUUAUGAGGAGCUUUAUCAAGAAAAUCUUAUUAAGCGACUUGAAUCAGAGCUUUCUGGGGACUUUGAGAAAGCAGUAUAUCGUUGGUUACUAGAUCCUGCAGAACGAGAUGCAGUCUUGGCUCAUGUUGCAGUGAAGGAUAGCAUGCUCGACUACCAGACGAUCAUUGAAAUUGCAUGUGUUCGAUCCUCUGAGGAGCUCUUGGCAGUGAAACGAGCCUACCAUUUGCGUUACAAGCAUUCCCUGGAUGAAGAUGUCGCCUCUCAUACUACAGGCGACUUCCGCAAGCUUCUGGUAGCCUUAGUAAGCACAUUCAGGUAUGAUGGUGAUGAGAUAAAUGUGAGCCUAGCAGAGUCUGAGGCUAAGCUUCUUCAUGAGGUAAUCAAGGGGAAGGCCUUUAGUCAUGAAGAGAUAAUCAGAAUCUUAAGCACAAGGAGUAAGUCACAGCUGAAUGCAACCUUCAACUGCUACAGGGAUGCACAUGGUACUUCCAUUACCAAGAGUUUGUUGGAUGAUCCGGCUGAUGAAUUCUUAGCAGCACUGCGCAUGGCUAUCCGAUGCAUCACUUUUCCUCAGAAGUACUUUGAAAAGGUUCUGCGCAAUGCAGUUAAUAAGGGAAGAACUGAUGAAGAUGCGCUCACACGUGUGAUUGUCACACGUGCAGAAAAGGACUUGAAUGAUAUCAAGGAGCUAUAUCACAAGAGAAACAAUGCCUCCCUUGAGCAUGCAAUCAACAAGCACACUUCAGGAGACUACAAGGCCUUCCUUCUUGCUUUACUGGGGGAUAAAGAACUGUAGCUCAGUUGUUCCAAAUGUGAAAAGCAGAUGCAUAAAUCUGGGUUUAGUGGUUAAAAUCUAGUGUGUCUGGUUUGUAGGGCUGAGUUUCUAGGUUAGUUUUUAUCAGAAAAUGGGCCUUUUGAUAUUUGGCUGUUAAUGGUGAUGAGUGUUUAAACUUUGAGUGCAAACCAUCCUAUCAAUCCCAACUUCUCCCCUGUUUUUCUUAGUUUGUGUGUGGCUCAGUGCACUGAGUUUCUUUUUAUUUGUUUCAUGAU